AUGGCUCGAUGGCUGCAGCUCGGCGCCAGUGCCCGGGUGGGCACAGGGCUGUGGCAGGUUCUGCUGGCCGGCACCAUCCUCACCAGCCACCUCCAGCCCAACGGUGAGUCAGAGCGGCGUUUCACACGCGCGGCGGCGGCGGCGGCGGUCUCGGUGGACAGCCACGGCGGUACUCUGGCCAGGGAGCCUCGUGGGAGGGACGGCGAGCGGGCGGGUGGGCGACAAGGCUCGACGGAGACGACGGUGCCCAGCGGAGGGACGGGGACUGACCGGCACCUCCUUCCGAGGGAAAAGGAAAGGGAACCUGAGUUGGGUAAAGGAUGCGGCGGCGGCGGCGGCGGCGGCGGCGGUUUUAAGAUGCGCCGGAGGCAUCGCGUCCUUAGGCGAGACGCUUGGGUGACAAUGAUUUUGUGGAAAGAGGCAAACCGAAGUUUGCAUGGCGGCUCUGAUCUCAGCAGGGUGACAGGAGAGGCAAAAUAUGGAAGCAGAACUUCAGCAGUUCAUGCUCAACAAAGUGCCACCGUGCCCAUUCCUGUGCCUGGCUCUGGCUCUGACCUUCUCCCCCACUUCCUGCUGGAACCUGAUGAUGUUUAUAUUGUCAAAAACAAACCUGUGACGUUGACAUGCAAGGCCCUGCCUGCCACCCAGAUUUACUUCAAAUGCAAUGGUGAAUGGGUGCACCAAGGGGACCACAUCGUACAGCGCAGCAAGGAUAAGAGCACUGGCCUUCCCCUCAUGGAGGUACGGAUAGAUAUCUCAAGGCAGCAAGUGGAGAAGAUCUUUGGUUUGGAAGAGUACUGGUGUCAGUGUGUGGCCUGGAGUUCCUCCGGGACCACCAAAAGCCAGAAGGCCUUUGUGCGCAUUGCGUGCUCUUUGGCUCCAGUGGAGUGGCUGCGCAAUGAAGAACUCGUAGACCCAACCCUGGACCCCAAUUACUACAUUACGCUGGAACAUAGCCUGGUGGUAAAACAAGCUCGCUUAGCUGACACGGGCAACUAUACCUGCGUGGCCAAGAACAUAGUAGCUCGCCGUCGCAGCUCACCUGCCACCGUCACUGUCUAUGUGAAUGGAGGCUGGUCGACGUGGACGGACUGGUCAGCCUGUAGCACCAGCUGUGGACGGGGCUGGCAGAAGCGGAGCCGGAGCUGCACCAACCCAGCGCCACUCAACGGGGGGGCCUUCUGUGAGGGCCAGAAUGUGCAGAAAAGUUCCUGCGCCACCCUGUGCCCAGUACCUGGUGGUUGGUCAGCCUGGAGCUUGUGGUCUGUAUGUGGUGCGGACUGUACACAUUGGCGCAGCCGUGAAUGCUCUGAUCCAGUGCCUCGUAAUGGUGGGGAUGAGUGCCAGGGGCCUGAACUGGAGACCCGCAACUGCACCAGUGAAUUGUGUACGCAUGAAACUGGUGGCUCUGAGGAUGUGGCUCUGUAUGUUGGCUUGAUUGCUGUAGCCGUGUGCUUGGUAUUGCUGCUUCUAGUGGUAACCCUUGUCUACUGCCGGAAGAAGGAAGGGCUGGAUUCAGAUGUCGCUGACUCUUCUAUUCUCACUGCUGGCUUCCAACCAGUUGGCAUCAAGCCCACCAAAGCAGAUAAUUCCCACCUAUUGACCAUCCAGCCUGAUCUGAGCACCACUACCAUGACCUACCAAGGCUCACUAUGUCCACGCCAGGAUGGGCCUGGCAAGUUCCAGAUUGGCAAUGGGCACCUGCUUAGCCCCUUGGGCAGUGGACGCCACACUCUUCACCACAGCUCUCCCAGUGCUGAUCCGGUAGACUUUGUCUCACGAUUCUCCACCCAGAGUUUCUUCCGCUCCUUGCCCAGGGGUGGUGCCAACAUGGCGUAUGGAACAUUCAACUUCUUGGGUGGACGUUUAAUGAUCCCCAACACAGGUGUCAGCUUGCUCAUCCCACCUGAUGCCAUCCCACGGGGGAAAAUCUAUGAAAUCUACCUAACGCUGCACAAGCAAGAGGAUGUGAGGCUUCCACUGGCAGGCUGCCAGACUUUACUGAGCCCCAUUGUUAGUUGUGGCCCUCCGGGGGUGCUGCUCACCAGACCUGUUAUCCUAGCCAUAGAUCACUGUGUGGAGCCAAACUCCGAGACCUGGAACCUGCGCCUCAAGAAGCAAUCCUGUGAGGGCACAUGGGAGGACGUACUGCAGUUGGGAGAUCCAGCAUCUUCUGAACUGUUCCAUUGCCAGCUGGAACCCCAAGCUUGCUACAUCUUCACAGAGCAAUUGGGCCGCUUUGCGUUGGUGGGAGAAUCACUCAGCAUGGCUGCUUCAAAGCGCCUGAAACUGGUUCUCUUUGCACCCACAACUUGUACUGGGCUGGAAUAUGAUGUCCGUGUAUAUUGCCUCAGUGACACCCGUGAUGCCCUUAAGGAAGUGGUACAAAUAGAGAAGCAAAUGGGUGGACAGCUGAUCGGUGCACCCCGAAUCUUGCACUUCAAGGACAGUUACCACAAUCUGCGUCUCUCCAUCCACGAUGUGCCCAGUUCACUGUGGAAGAGCAAGCUCCUAGUCAGCUACCAGGAAAUUCCCUUCUACCAUCUUUGGAGUGGGCUGCAGCCCUAUCUACACUGUACCUUCACACUGGAGCGACUCAGCACCAACACAUGCCAAUUGGCAUGCAAAAUUUGGAUCUGGCAGGUGGAGGGUGACGGGCAAAGCUUCAAUAUUGACUUCAACAUUGCCAAGGAUGCACGGUUUUCGGAUUGGCUACCCCCAGACCAUGAGGCUGGCUCUCCUGCCCUGGUGGGCCCCAGUGCCUUCAAGAUUCCUUUUCUUAUCCGCCAGAAAAUCAUAAGUAGUCUGGAUGCCCCAGUGGCCCGUGGGGCUGACUGGAGAGCUUUAGCCCAGAAGCUGCACCUUGACAGCCAUCUCAGCUACUUUGCUUCAAAACCAAGCCCAACAGCCAUGAUCUUGAACUUAUGGGAGGCACGUCACUUCCCCAAUGGAAACCUCAACCAGCUGGCUGCUGCUGUGGCUGAAGUGGGCAAGCAGGACAGCUCCCUUUUCAUGGUUUCAGAAGCUGAGUGCUAAAGCCCUAGACAGGGACAACACAGGCCUCAGUCUGGAGAUGAUGAGGGGCACCUCCAUUUCAAGGGUCACAGCAUCUGUACUUGUCCUGCUUUGAAUAUGCCUGUGUGCCCUAUCUGAUCCUUGUGCCAAAUUCAGCCAGAAGGCAAACACACUGGGCUCAGUCUCCAGAAGCCAUGGAAAAGGCUACCAAAUCCCUACUCUGCUGCUACCAAAGCAGUUCUGGAAUUGGUUGGGGUAGGUCUGUUUUUCUACCAAGUAGGCUGGCAAGCAAGUCUGAUAUGCCGACAUCUGGCUUGGAUAAUUAUUCUAGAGCUUUCUUCUACUCUAGCAUGGGAAGCAAAAGGAAAGAAAAUGGUUAGCACAGAAGUCAUUGUGAGUGACCAGGAUAAAAGGUAAGCUUUGCUUUGAAGCUUAGUCAUCUGUGUCCAGUCCACUGCAUCCUCCAGGAAGCCCUUUGCCAUAAUAAAGUUUUUAAAAAGAGGGUAGCUCAGGAUAGUUCCAGAGCCAUUUUUGUAAAUGUUUGCUCCAGCCCAAGAGGUAUCUGACACUCAGUCAGAGAGGGCAGCCCAAGAGUUGGUGGCUUGCAGACACCUGGAGACCCAUGGGACAAGGAAGAAGCAGAAGGUCAACCAAAGGAUGAGGGCCUUGCUCUCCUGGUGACUGUAUCUGUGCCUCCUUAGUCCUUGCCCAGUGUAUAUGCAAGGGAUUUGUGCGUGUGCGUGGAAGUCUGAUCUGUGCAGUGAACGUGUGCUGGACCAGGCAGGUCUAUGCCGUAUUGUGUAAAGAUCGUUUUUUAUUCUGUAUUCAAGUGCAUUCAAGUAU